AUGGGCUAUAUCAAUGCGAAAAGCGCCAUAUUUUCAUCUGGCUUUACCCUCGAUGACGUGGACGAGCUUCCUCCCUUCUCCCCUUCCUCCCCCGUUCCCUCCCCCCUCUCCUCCACCUCCCUCCUCAACAAGACCAACGAGGGUCGAGGGUUCCCCACCUCCAACCACGGCUCCCCUGCCUUCCGCUCCCGGAUCAGUCUUGGUACCAACCCCAGCCCCGCCCAGAGCCCUGUAUUCAAGUCCCGUAUGGUCUCCAGUCUCUCCUUCAACAGAGCCAUGAACAGACCCACCAUCAACAACAAUGGAGGCAGCUCCGGAGGCAUCGCCAGGGCCUCUUCCUUCCAGAACAAGUUCAACCCGAAGGGUUUCUCCUCCUCUCUCUCUGGCCCAGGCAGCGACAAUGAUAGUCUCCAUAGCUCCUCUUCUAGUCUGGAGUAUUCCAUCCAGGGAGGUGGAGGAGAAGGAGGAGGYGUACCUCCAGGCAAGCCAGGGUCUCUGUCCUACUCCACUAGCCCACAGAUGGAGCAGCAUCCUGGGCAGCAGCGAGGCGUGGGCCUGGGGAUGGGGAAGCGGUUCUCUUCCCAUGGGAGUGUGUUUCACUCUGAGCUAGAGGGGCCUAUGGGGCUGGGAGCUCCAGAGCCCAGGGGGGUGAGCCACGGAUCCAUGCCCAGUCUGGACCUCCAGAUCGGGGAAGAAGGAGGCGGGGUGAUGGGGGUGCGGGGGGCUGGAGGUGGAGGGGUGAGGUAUGGCAACGCCAAUGUGGGUUUGAAUGGCGGAUCGCAGCGCCAUUAUAACACCAGUCCCUUUGGCAAGGAAGGAUGCUACUCUCCCAAUCGGAACCACAGCAGCUACCAGGCCCAGCCCAAACCCAAAGAGACCCAGCGUCUCAACAAGUUUCCCCUGGAUCUAGACAGUCUGGUGGGGGUGAAGACGCCCCAGCCCAGCCCCCAUCCUCCCCCCUCGUCUGACCCCCCUAAACUCCCCCAGAGCCCACUAUCCCAGCAGCCUCUCUGUCUCAGCUAGCCCUCCCUCAGCAGUCUAGACAGCUCCGGUGUGACCUCACUCCUCUUCCCUCCGCCAACCACCACCCUCCUACAAACAACCCUCCCUCCCCCG